GGACCAAAGAAUGAUAUAUGGGCAGCUGGUUGUGUACUUGUUGUUAUGCUUACCGGAGAUUUACCAUGGGAUAGAGCCUCUCGGGCUGAUCCCGCAUUUGCUAUGUGGCUCAAAGGCCAGAUCCCUCCAGUUCUGAGGAGUCUAGAUAAGGAUACAUUAGCUUUUGUUCGAGAUAUAUUGGUAGUUGAUGAAAAAUUACGUCCAACAGCAAAGCAACUGUUGAAGCAUCCGUGGUUGAAUGCCCAAACAGAAAAACGAUCCAAGAAAAUUAGCAAUGCAGAGCCAACAAUGAAGCGUGCAAGAAUAGAAAAUCACUAG